AUGCUUCACAGAGCAUUAUCAAACAAAAGUGCACACCAACCCAUGUAUGGAGAUGUCAGGACAGGUUUUGAAUGCAGUCCCAAUGCAACAAAAUUAAACAUUUGGGUGCGAUUUUGGGAUGAACAUCAGAGGCUUGUAACCAGCGGCAACACCAAGGUCAACCGAGCUCGCUGUCUCUUUCCGGUCUCUCCUCCUAUAUCCCAUGACUUGGAGGCCAAUAGAGGUUUGGAUGAAGACUUGGAACCCAUGGAAAUGACUUUCUCCACAAAUUUCUCAGUGGACUCGUCCUGCCAUUAUGAUGAGAGAGAGGACUUUAAUCAAUACAAAUUCAUUAAGGAACUGCAGAGCUCAAUGAAAAUGACAUUGCAAAAAUCGAUCCUUCCUCUGAAAACGCGCAGCAUCCCUGAUUAUUCACUUGUCCUGGGGCUGGACGAGACCCUUGCUCAUUGCCAGCUGACUGCCAUGGAGAACAUGGACUUUGUAUUCCCUGUCCACUUUCAGGAUAAAACUUACCAGGUUUAUAUGAGGUUAAGGCCCUACUGCAAGGAGUUCCUUGACAAUCUGUCCCAGUUCUAUGAGGUAAACACAGUGAACAGAAUGGAUUUGAUUGCAUUGUCUGUGAUAUAA